AGUGAGCGAUUUUUCAUACUUGCUUGUCAUCACAAAUUUUUCUGCUCGAAGCGACGAAAAAACGUGCUAGUUUUUUUCAUUAGCCAACCGAUUUAAAUAAUAAUAAAAAACUAAUAAAAUGGGUGUACAAGUAGUUCCAAUUUCUGCCGGUGAUGGUAGCACUUUUCCCAAGAAUGGACAAAAGGUCUCGGUGCACUACACUGGAACUUUGGAUGACGGAACCAAGUUUGAUUCGUCGCGCGACCGCAACAAGCCGUUCAAGUUCACCAUUGGCAAGGGCGAGGUUAUUCGCGGUUGGGAUGAGGGCGUGGCUCAGCUGAGUGUUGGACAACGUGCCAAACUGAUCUGCUCGCCGGACUACGCCUAUGGCAGCCGUGGUCAUCCAGGUGUCAUUCCCCCCAAUGCAACCCUGACUUUCGAUGUUGAGUUGCUCAAGGUCGAAUAAAUGCAGGUCGAGAGCAAAAGAGAGAUUCGAAGCGCAGGAUUGUAACUGUGUGUGUGCAACAACACUCUCACACACACAGACAACAACAAUAACAUCACUUUGAAGCUGGCGCGCUUCGUUUGAAUUGGAACAGAACCAAACCAGAACAAUCCAACAGCAUUUUAAUUAUAUUCAAAAGUGGUCGAUAAAAUUAGACUUAAUUGCCAACACACACAAAGAUAAAAAAAAAAGAUUGAAAAAGGGAAACGCAUUAUCUACGCAUACAAAUAAACAUUUAUUCAAGUGAA